CGCACGCACACAUCCACGGAGUAGGCGGAGGCAACAGACAUACACACAAACACGUAGUAGGCGGAGGCGAGAAGACACACACACACACACACACACACACACAACAGCAAACACGCAUUGGAGGGAACCCCAUCAGCUGUGGACAACUUUUGUUUUCCCCAACUCCUUUCUUCACGUCCCCGCAUGUGAAGUUGCUUUUUGGAGGAGGUCGCCGCCACUCUGCGUUUGAGCGGAACAUAUUCGGGGGAUACGACGCGCACGUUUUCCAGGAGGUUGGCUUUGAAAGCAUGGAAUAUUUCAUGAUGCCGACAGAGAAGAUCCCCAACCUGCAGCAGUUCAAGAAGACGGAGAAGGACGUGAUCGGCGGGCUGUGCAGCCUGGCUAACAUCCCCUUCAGUCCAGAGACCGCACAAGACCAGGAGAGACGAAUCCGCCGUGAAAUCGCCAACAGCAACGAGCGGCGACGCAUGCAGAGCAUCAAUGCUGGCUUCCAGUCCCUCAAAACCCUCCUGCCUCACACAGAUGGGGAGAAACUCAGCAAGGCUGCCAUCUUGCAACAGACGGCAGACUACAUCUUUGCUUUGGAGCAGGAAAAGACACAGCUCUUGUCACAGAACAACCAACUCAAACGCUUCAUCCAGGAGUUCAACGGUUCCUCACCAAAGAGGCGGCGAGCAGAGGAGAAAGAUGAAGGCAUCGGUUCCCCCGACAUCUUGGAUGAGGAGAAGGUGGAGGAGCUGAGGAGAGAAAUGCUGGAGUUGCGUCAGCAGCUGGACCGAGAACGUUCUGCUCGCAUGCAGCUGGAGGAGCAGGUGCGCUCAUUGGACACACAGCUGCACCCGGAGCGUCUCAAGGUGAUCACCCAGCAGGUGGAGGAAGAGCAGGCACACCUUCAGAGUCAGACGCUGUUAAGGCUGCAGCAGAUCCAGGCCGCAGACAGACAACCUCAAAGUCCAAAGGUGUUGACUCCUCCCACUGCCCUCGCCUCAACUCACCACCCAACUGUCAUCGUCCCGGCACCAGCACUAACCCAGCAACCCCAUCACCAUGUCAACGUGGUAACCAUGAGCUCAGCUGUCCACACCGGCACCGUGUCCACGUCCAGACAAAACCUGGACACCAUCGUGCAGGCCAUCCAUCACAUCGAGCGCACUCAGGAGAGACGAGCGAGCGCAGAGGAGGAGCAGAGACGAGCCGUCAUUGUUAGCCCCGCCCACGUCGCCAUGGACACCGCCUGCUCGGACACAGACACAGAUACAGAGGGAGAGGACUGUUCAAUGAACUGAUCGUGGCGUGAACUUACAAACACUUAAAACACCAUCUCACUGUAAGAUUCCAUCCAGAAGCUUGACUACUUAAAAAAAAAGGCUCUCCAAACUCUUGACUUCCAGUAGUGAAGCUCUUCUCUGUCAUCUAGUGUAAAUUGUCUGAUUGAAAACUAGGAGUGGUCAGCGUGCAGAGGAGGCCGUGCGGGGCUUCUUAAGGCUGCUGCUUAUCGUCCGUCCUCCAUAUUGUUUAUAUUGUGUCAGUCGGCCGUCGCGCUGACUUUAUUUUUUCUGUGCCGCAAAUUCAUGCUUUCUUUUAUAACAGAACUGAAUGUAACAACACAACAAGCAGCAGCUUGUGACUUGUUUGAUUUGAAAUAAGGGAGCUGCAAUUAUUCCUAUCUUAAGUCUUGGUCAUGUUUCUGCUGAUUUUUUUUUUUAGUUCCAAAUUCAAAACACAGCUAAAAGUAAAAGUGAAGGCAUGUCAGGCAGGCUUGAUUACAGGAGUGAUACUAAAUGAAAUGAUGUCAAAGUCUGUUUAAGCCCUUAGAAAUAAGCUAUUGGAACACUGACGGUCUCUUAAGUGUUUUUGGAUACGUACUUCCUGUCAGGGUUACUGAACGUUUCUCAUGAGAUUAACUUAAAAUUGGAUGUUUGUUAGGUAAACAAGGAGCAGGACACCUUGAUGGGUUUUUGUGGUCUGUCAGCUGGAGUCCACAGCUGCUGGCUUGAAGCAAGUGUUCACCAGUGUUCUGGUAAUGACUGGUGGGCUUUUUUCAAUCUCAGACAACCUGACUGAUUCAAUUAUAGUCCUUUUUUAUAAGCUAUGAAAUGAGGAUUCAAUCUUAAAAAAGAAAUUUGCAUGACUAUUUCCUGUUGUCCACCAAAGACUUCCAGUUGCAACUUCUAAUCUUGAUUUGUUGUUUUUAGUGACUAUGCACUUGAGUGUUUGCUAUUUAUGCAAUUGCAUCUUCAGUCCAUGUAUACACGAGGUGAAGGAUUCUAUGCACCGCUAAUAGGUGUGUGUGUGUGUUACACCUACAGUAUAUAUGUGACGCGCUUAUAUCAAAGAAUGUAAUUAUUCUUAUAAGGUGCUGUUUGCCAGUGUGCUGCUCGGCCGACUAGCGGUGAGCUGAUUACUUUUUUAACAUGGCAGAAAUCAUUUCCACUUAAUGCAAUUUGUUUGGUUGUGCUGGAACAGAAUAAUCACUGAUGUACAACACGUCUUGAUCGGUUACAUAUCAAGAUUGGAAUUAAACGCAACAAUAACCCCAUGUGAGCACUGCCCAUCUCCAAAACAAGUCACCUCACGUUGUGACACUCAUCCUGUUCUUUUUUCAUUUGAACUGGAAAUGCUUGCUUCUAUUCACAAACACAAGUUGAUGCUGUAAACAUUCCAUUCCAUAUUUGGAUUUGUGUCUUUUCAUCUCUUGUUUUGUUUCAGACUGAGUGCAUGUUACUAAUGUGUAGUCUGUGAUGUACUGCAGGCAUUUUCUUUGUUUUAACAAACAUGUGGAGUGUGAAAAAGUGAGUGUGGACACUGAUCACUACCUGACAUCAGUGUUCCAUCCGGUUAGACUAGUUUUUUUCCAUACAAUGCGAGGUAAAGAGGGUUGUUAAUCGUGUCAAAGGAUGGAGAGAUUUUUGUCAAAUGUGAAGCUGCAGCCUAAAGUCAAAUCACAUCACUUUGAACUUAAGGUGGAUGGCUUUUUAUUUCAGAAAAACACUUUCCAACCAUUAAGUUUGUACUUGUAUCGCAGCACUGAAGACCUUCAGUGAGCUUUUUGGUUUAAAGCACUUCCUUUCCUCUACUGCCUGGAACCACGACGAGGAAGUUCCAUUAUUUUUAAGUACGCUCUUUGCUUUGACACAAUUUAACAUUGUUUCUUGUGAUCUGCUUUUCAAUCUUUCCAUUUCUUUUUUUGUACUUUCUUUGGUGACAAGCAUUUUUUUUUUACAUUGUUGUGUCAUUUUUCAAGUCUACGUCAAUGAGAAGCUGUUAUAUUUUUGUUUAAAAAAAACUUGGGUAAACAGUCCUUUGUAAAGAAUAAAAAAUAAAAUUU